UGUGCAUUGCCCUUCCUACUCCCUCCCUCUCUUUGUUGCACUCUUGUUUCUCAUUCUGUAGAAAAACUCUUGCUCAGACACAUUCUAUCUCUCCAGCUUUAUGAUCAGAACAUUAAGUUCUUAUGUGUACUCUUUCCUCUUCUUUUUCAUGUUAUCCUAAACAGCCUCAAGGCAGUUUUUACUUCACCCAUGGCUACAAUUUGGGAGCCUUUAGUCGCUUCUCCUUUCUUUGACAUGACAGUACAGCGACCUGGCUGUCUGCUCUUUAUUCCCAGAGAAGCAUGACAGCCUCGAAUAUUACACCAGGAGCUCCUGACACAAACUGGAAUGGCUGUGGACUCACCAAGCUUCGUGCAGGCGUGCUUCCCUUUGUGGUUUUGCUCCUUGGAUGGAGUCUCCCACAGUCCUCAGGCUGGCUACUGUACCCACAGAAUGUGUGGAUGCUUUCAGAAGACUUCAGCAGCACCAUUUACUGGCAACCAGCACCAGAAAACCCAAAUGACACCAACUACACAGUCGAAAUCUGUAGCAGAAGCCCUUCUUAUCACUGGAUUGGUGUGGAUGGUUGUGUCAAUAUCUCUUCCAACAGCUGCAACCUCUCCAAACACUUUGAAGAUCUCUAUUUAAUUUAUUUUGUAAGGGUGAAAGCAGUUUGGCACAAUAAUGCUUCAGACUGGGCCUUUGUGUCCUUUCAGCCUUAUAAAGAUUCCAACCUGAGCAUGCCACAAAUCAUCAUAUCCUUAAUAAACCAAACCAUCAAGGUGGAUGUCUUCCAUGCACUAGCACCAUUUUGGAUGAGUAUGAAAGCCACGGUCUCUCUAUUUAAGGACGAAGACUUGAACAAGACUAUGGUGAAUACGCGGAGUAAACAUUUUGAAAAAGGAUAUGGAAACCUGACCAUUACCUUCGAAAAUGUUCCACCAGGCAAAUAUUGUAUCAGUGGAUUUGUUGAAGCUCGUCACAAAAGUGAACAAACUGAAAAACAAUGUAUUAGUCUGGGAGCCUUGCACAGUGGUCCAGGUCCACUGAAGAUUGUGUUCUCGAUAGUGGCUGCACUUCUACUACUACUGCUGCUAGCACUGCCUCUGCUAUUGAGGUUCUUCUGUUAUGUGAAACCCAGAAUUUCUGAUCUUCACUUUCCUAAAACUUUGGAUUUUCUCAAAAAAGAAGCCACUCUGAAAAGCAACAACAGACAUCUGAAUGUCACCUCAGAGAGGAGUAACAUCCUGCCUCACUACACACCAAUCCUAAUUAUCUCCUCUCAGAGUCCUGCUAGACAGAGGGCCGAAGGCGAGCAACCGGAGCAACUUCUGCAAGAUGGUUAUGGUGGCAACAAUGAAGAAUAUAACAGUUACCCGACUGAUAGUCUGUUUGAUGAGCCUCUUGACCAGAAGGGCUCUUAUCAAACAGAUGGAUUUUCACACUUGUGUGAGGAGUAUUGUGACAAAGACGACUCUGAAGGAUUAGCACAGCGUAGGGGAUAUGACAGUAAACAAUCUCGUUUUGGGAGUGAUCUAGAACUGAAAAGGGAGGGUGAUCUGGAAAGUUACUUUCAAGGUUCACAGCCUCAGUCCAAGGAUCCAGAAGACACUAAAAAUACAGACCUGCAGAAAGAUGUUCCACUUUCUUCUGUGAAUGUUUUCACUGAUGAAGGGGAAAAGCUUUACUUGUGUGACAGAAAUUCUUUAAGCAACGAUUUAUCCAAGGUACUACUCACUGAACCUUACAGCACAUACAAGGAAGAAUGUCAUAAUCUGAUGGUAUGUAGAGAUUUAUUACCCAGAAUGUUCUCAGAGGAGGAUAUUGACUAUCAAAAGUCAUACCAAGAUCUCUCUUCAGGAUACAGGGAUUGCUCUGAUUUGCUAAAUCUGGAUGCUUUUGCUGCGUUGGAGUUGUACACAAGGACUAAAAGUGAGCCUUCUUAUGGUGGGUAUGAGAGUCGUCCUAGCCCCUUUAUGUCCUGACAAACAUUAGGAAUAAUGUCAAGAGAAUUAUGGCUUCCAAUUUCCUCUCCUUUAGGAGAAAAUCAAGAAACAACAAACUGCUUUAACAAGAGCUUAAGUAAAAGAUUAUUUUUACAUUUGGAA